CAGUUUCACUCAGACCCGGCCUGAAAUCGCGCGUGUCCACAACGAUACUCGAGCCGCAGCUUCGUGUCUGAAUUAAGCGACCAAUUUUUCUACUUGCCGGUUAACCGUGAGAUAAAACUACCCGGUCAGUGAUUUUUUUUCCACCCCGCGAAGCAACAGUUACAAAUCGUGCUGCGUGAAACGGUGUCACGUUUCAUCGGCGAAAGAAAUUGUUUAUCUUUCGUGCGCUACCGACAAAACAGGCUACUUUGAUAUACGACACGAUCUCAAAAAAAUAACUAACAAUGGGCUACGGGACGGAAAUGGACAGCUGUGGACGCUGUAUGAAGUAUUCCUUGUUCUUCAUCAACUUCGUAAUAUUCAUUGGUGGAGUUACGAUAGUUGGAUUAGCAUCGUGGGCCAUGUUGGACAAGGUUCCCUGGAUAGGUGAACUUGUUGGUAACGAUCUCCUAACAGGUGCAAUCUACGUGUUAUUGGCCGGUGGUGUGCUCGUCGCCAUCAUCUCUUUCUUUGGUUGCAUCGGUGCAUCACGGGAAGUGAAAUGCAUGCUACUCACGUACUUCAUCAUCGUAUUUCUUCUCUUCGUGACAAUGCUAAUUGGCGGAGUAUUGGCGUACGUGUUCCGUGAAAAGUUAGUGAAGGGCCUCGAAAGAGAGAUGACGAGUUCGAUGAGAGUUUACGAUUCCCGUAAGGCCGUCAGAGAGGCCUGGGACACGACGCAGAGCACGCUCCACUGCUGCGGUGUACACGGCUGGAGAGACUGGGGAAUUCAGGGACUCAACGUGCCACAGAGCUGUUGUCGCGAAAUACAACCUAACCAGCGAUUCAACUGCAGCGCUGGACCAGACACAGUGAAUCCUUCGAAUGCCUAUCUGGCCGGUUGCAUCAAUGGAACGCAGAUUUACAUGCAGAAGCACGCAACAAUCAUGGGUGGCGCUGGAAUUGCCGUCGCGUGUCUGAUGUUCUUCGGUAUGAUAUUCUCUUGCGUGCUGUUCAAGAUGAUAGAAUAAACUCAAGAGAGUUGUCGAGCUAAUGAAGUGGAUAUGGCAGCCGUCCUUGAGCAACUCAUGAAUUCAUAAUCAUCGUCAUAUGAGCGAACCCCAAGCUGAAGUACGAGAAUCAAAAUGCAUCUUCACGCGCAUCUACUUUCCAAUGUACAGAUUUCACCAUUUUUGUUACGUUUAGUAUGUUACUUCGAUGUAUGUACCUCCGUUCAACGAUUUCUCUUUUUUUCUUUUGUAAUUUAUAAGAAACACUCUGAGUACUCCCCUUCGAUCGCGUACCGUACUAUAUGGAAUUUGUAUGGUAAAACAAUAUAUACCUUAUAUGCGUAAUAAAUAAACAACGUGUACAAAGUUGAAAAA